AUGUGGAAAUUGACAUUGUUCUUGGCGAUAUGGGUACCGAUAAGCUUCUGUUUUGUGAUUUUAGAGGACGAGUUUUUAUAUCUUCAUAAAAAUGGUAUUUGCAAUAAGCCACAAUUUCACUAUGAAGCAGAUAAUUCAGAGGAAGAGUUCGCGGUGUUUUACAACAACUGGGAUGGAUUGCAGUUACCAGAAACGAGAUUCGGAGACCAGUUCACCAGUAAAUAUAGUUUUUUGAAAUGGGUUGACGUAUUCUAUGGUACCCUGGGUGGGCAUAUGUUCUCCGGGACUGCUGUUCCCUUUGGUAUGUGUAAGAUGGGUGUAGAUGUGAUCAAUUCGAAAAAGGGCGACGCGUACUCUGGGUUUCAACCCGAUGGUGAGGUUGUUGGAGUUUCGUUAUUGCAUGAAUCUGGUACCGGUGGUGCUCCCACUUAUGGGGUUGUUUCGCAGCUUCCAAUGAUAGCUUCGAGUGCAAGUUCAGUUGAUGUAACGAGGCAAAUUUCUUUCAAGAGGAAAUCGCCUGACGUUGCGCACAUUGGCUAUUAUAAAGUAGAACUCGAUAACGGUGUUGAUAUAGAAUUUUCAUCUAAGGAUAGGUCUGGGUUGUAUGAAUAUACUUUCCCCGAACUGAAAGACAACGGGAAACCAAUUAUCAUGGUGAACGUGUCUCAGCAUUUGCAUUCUUUUGGCCGUCCGUGGUGGACUCAGAAUUUUAGAUCGGGCCAAAUCAAAGUCUCUUCAGAUUUGAAGUCUUAUCAAGGUAAAGUGACGAUAAAUGGAGGUUGGACUGAUCCCGGUGAAUGGACCGUUAGCUUCUUUGGGAAGUUUGACAAGCCUGCACGUAAAGUUGCUACGUUCAGGAAUGGGAGGACUCUACCGUUCCUCAGAAGAAUGCAAUCUUACUCUGGUGAAUCUGAUAUUGGUGUAUUAUUUGAAUUUGAUGAGGAUACUACCGUGUUGAAAUCGCAUGUUGGAAUCAGCUUCAACAAGAACGAAGGUGUCAAAGUUGCUGCGCAGAAUUUGUUAGACGAUUAUCCCGAAGACUCACAGUUUGAUUUGACAUGGUCUGUAGCGUCUGCUCUAGAAUCUUGGAAUGAUAAAUUGUUCAAGAAGUUCGAGAUGAACGUUAAUGAAGAGGACCCUUUGAUCAUAAGUAAACUAUACAAUUCAUUGUAUGGUACUCAUUUGAUGCCAACCAAUAAAUCAGGUGCAGAAGCACCGUGGGAUAAUGGUGAGCCAUAUUACGAUGAUUGGUUCACACUUUGGGAUACGUUCAGAUGUCUUCACCCCUUGAUUAAUAUCAUAUCACAAGACCAUGGUGCAGAAAUGGUACGUUCUUUAAUUGAUAUCUGGGAGGUUGAAGGUUUCAUGCCGGAUGGCAGAUCUGGUGACAGAUCUGGAAGAACACAAGGGGGUAGCAACUCAGAUAUCAUGUUGGCGGAUGCUUUCAUUAAGAACGUUCAUCAAGGGAUCGAUUGGGAGAAGGGCUUCCAAGCUAUGUAUACCAAUGCAGAAGUGGAGCCGCCUUACAUUGAGGACCCUAUGGCUAACGACUCGACAAACAAAUUUGGGAGAGGCGCUUUAAAAGAAUGGCUUGAAUUGGGGUACAUAACAAGAAAUUACUCAAGAAGUGUCACCAGAACUAUGGAGUAUUCGUAUAACGAUUUUGCCCUUUAUAUCGUUGCCAAAGGUCUCGGUAAAAAAGAUUUAGCAAAGACAUACCUUGAAAGAUCGAAAAACUGGCGUAACAUUUGGAACCCAAAUGCUAAAAGUGUGAAUAUACACUAUGACUACACCGGAUUCGUACAACCUAGGAAUUCUGACGGUACGUUUGCUCAACAUAGAUAUGAUCCGUUUACAUGCUUUGGUUGCUAUUGGAGAGACGAUGAAUAUGAAGGAAAACCCGUGGAAUAUGGGUGGACGGUGCCUUUUGAUAUGAAGACUUUAUUAGAAUACAUUGGUUCGAAAGCAAUGUUUGAAAAACGUUUAGAUGAUAUGUAUGCGUUCUGUGGCCAUGAGAACGUGGUUGAUAUUGGCAAUGAACCAAGUUUUUUGACACCUUAUCUUUACGCGUACAUUAACAGACAAGAUAAAACGUCAGCAUUAGUGGAUUGGAUCAUAAAUACAAAGUUUAAGACGGGACCGCGUGGUUUGCCAGGGAAUUCUGAUGCAGGAGCCAUGCAAGCGUGGCUAACCUUUGCCCUUCUAGGUUUUUAUCCCGUGGCUGGUACUGAUAUUUAUUUAUUAACAAGUCCGAAAGUUAAUUAUUUGAAACUUAAAAGCAUGCCUAACGUUCCAGAUAUUGAAAUUUUUGCACAUAACUUAUAUUCAGAAUUUGGUGUCAGAAACAACUUCAUUGAGAAAGUUGUUAUCAAUGACAAAGAACUCGAUAAGAACUGGUUUAGACAUUCCGAGCUAUUCGAACACGGUGGUACCAUCGAAUACUACAUGAGUGAAAAACCAUUGGACUGGGAUUCAGAUAAAGAGUGUCCACCACAAGAAUUCAGCGUUUAA